GCCUAGAGAGUAGAGUAGUAAAAAGUAGUAUUUUCACCGCUGAUUUAGAAAAUGUGAAAACUAAGCAAGCCUCUUGUUACACAGAAAUCAGUUGAGUAGUGGCUCAGUGAGAUUUUCGUGGUAGCUCAGUAGCCAGGAGUUCAAACAGCAGACAACAAUAUGGAGAUAAAGGAUUUUGAGACAAGUUCUGUGACGGCAGAUUCAAGUCCAGAUUCUGAUGAUUUAACUAGUGUCACGGAAACCCAGUAUGAAAUAUCCGCAGACAAUCUCCUUAAACCGGACACAGGCAUUGACUCAAAUUCAGAUUAUGUUCCUGAUAAUCAGGACAAUAGUAAAUCUAGACACUGUCGUCCAGACAUGUCUUCCCCUUAUUGGUAUAAUGAUAAAUGUUUUGCAAGAUACUGGAGACACUAUCAUCAAGUCAUGGGUUGGUAUCAAAAACAUUUAAACGUAUAUAAAUCUAUGCAGCAGCAAUGUUACUCGGACAGUUCCACGUUUCGUCCAUAUCAAAGUCGCAGACGCAAUAAUCAACCGAAAGAACACAAUCAUCAUCAUCAUCAUCAUCAUCGCACCAAAAGACGCAGACGGUCGAAGCAUAAAAGUAAGAAGCUGUGUGAAUCGGAUCGUGAAGCAGGUGAAUCAAGUUCAGUGGGUAAUCAAGAAGAACCUAUGAGUGGUACAGAGGCCGGGGAAGCCGUUGGUACCUCAGAAAAAGAAGAGUUUGAAAUGGAGAUAACUGACGAUAUGUUACAGUUCUUUGCUCAUUCACAACAACAUAGAAAAGAAAGGGAUAUGAAGAAGGAUGAUGAACUGGAAGAUGAUAGCAGGUCAAAUGUAAGGGUCAAUAUAGAAGAUGUCCACAAACAGAUGCCAACAGUUGAAGCCCCGAAGGAACGACCUGGAGUGAGACGAACAGCGGAGAUGAAGAUGUUGUAUGGUAAAGGUGCUGCUAUGAUUCAUGGGAUGGAAACCGCAUUACAAAUGACCUACGAUAGAAACAUUGACGUCCAACAACCUAAAGUGUGGCCUAAUAUUCCGUUACGUAUAACAUUCGCGGACUGAUAAGCCAGCUCAUAAUCAAUCUUCAGGCAGAUCGUGGAUCGGAUGGAAAAACAGGGGGUGCAGGAAAAGCCAUCAGUUUUAAUACCAAUGAAGAAGUUGUAGUGUCAUGUAGCUAAUGCUAGGUUCCCACUGUCGUGUGAUAUGUUACAAUAGGAAUGUCCCUAUCAGAGGUCGCAGUCACGCAAAAAUCUGCACAUUUCAUUCAUUUUUUUCAAAAUAAACGCAAAUAUUGGCGGACGCUGCGUAAUUUACACGCAGAAAAUUUCCCCGACGUGAGAAUAAUUGGAUUAUUCUAUGUCGUAAUUUGUACAAUUUAUGUGCCUCACACGGCAUUUACACACCUCUACUGCACGUAGUCUCCGUAGUUUUUUAUAUUUCCUCUUAUUUCAUUCAUAAGUUCAUGGCAGUAAACCUAUGUAACUAUCCUAUUGGAAGCAAUAAAGCGCAUUUCAUACAAGACUUGGGAUUGGCUAGAACACGAUAUACUGUUUACAUUCAGCCAAUCAAAUGUUGACUUUCAUAGCGAUAGUUUUCUCUUUACGUCCUGUCGAAGUGAAAGAUUGAAAUGACUGUGCCGUCAACCAUAAACAUGCCGUUAACCUCCAGUUGUCAUUAGACUAAAUACAGUAGGCAUAUCAAUGAAAUAAGGACGCUUCAAAUAGGGUUGUUCACAAAAGGACUUUACAUGCUUCUAUAUUGAGUAUUUUGAGAGGCUCUAAGUCACGCAGAUGUAGAGGGCAAAAACGCAAAAUUUUGGAAUGUCUGCGCUGGUCCCUAUUGGGUCCACGAUGCAGAUACGUUUCGAUACGAUCGACACGACUGACCUCAAUAUAUGAAAAGAUCUGAUAGGAUCACCAUACGAUUAUAACCACAAUUUCAAUCGUAGUGCGAAUUGUGAUAGUGAUAACCUAGCAUAAGCCAGGAAAGUGGACAUCUUCGAUGGACAGUGUCUGAUACAAAUUUGUAUUUUUUUUCAGUAUACUGCACAAAGUUAAGAAAUGUCUGCUAUUUCAGUGUAUAUACAUGUAUAUUAUAGACUUCAAUAAAUUCCUGAU